AUGAUGGAAGGACGGACGUCCACCAUCAAUGAGCUCUUUACACAAGCUCUCACACUGCCCAUCGACCUGCGUGUGAUCAAAGGCCACCGAGAAUGCAAUCCGUGGCAAUGUCUAGACACGGACACCACCAUUCGCCUCCACUUUUUCCGAGACGAACCGGUCGUCACAGGAAGACUGGAAGGCGGAAACCAGCAGUUGACAAUACCACUCCACUCCGACGAGCUUUUCGAGCCUCUCCCGGCGACGCCCGAGUUGGACGACAUGCAGUAUGAAACAGCCGACCAACUGCUUGCCGCGCAACCGAUGCCAUCAGCCGUGCGAGUAACACAGAGCUGGGACGGAGGCGACGAAGAGAGCACAAUACAGGUGAACGACGAGAUAGAAGACAUGCAACUGAUCGACGACGACGUUCUGGGACGCUGCAUGGUAGCAAAGAGAGUCAUGGAAGUGGACGAGGGAAGCCAUGUGAGAGAACGGGUCUGCGUUGGGUUGAACACGGCUGGCGUGUUCACAACCAAAGCUAACCCUCUCAGGCGUUACACUUCCGUCGAUUUAGUACGGCUGAAGUCUCUACCGAGUCGUAUGCGCGUCCAUGUCAACAGGAGGGGCCGCUCCGGGGUCCCUGCACUCCCGGUGAAAAUCGAGUGUAUGGGUAUUGGCACGCGGCGUACAGCAGUGUGUAACGACCUGCACAGUGGUCGCCUCUUUGUUCUGUCGGACAGUCUGCAGGACGUGCAAUUACAACGGAUUCCGCGUGUAUCUACUUCCAAAGACUGGGCGCAACCCCUCUAUCUUUCAAUGGACUGUAGAUGUGUGCCCCUAGUUGGACCGGAAGCGUUUGAUCACGUGUUCAAGUCUCAAGCUCCUUCACCCAGGAAGCGUACUAAGCAAAAGCCAGGCAUCUUGACAGUACUGCUGUCGAGUCCCACAUCCUGUAUGGUCUCCAAUGCUACUGAUCUGCCAGACUACAGGACGUUUACAAGAGCUGGGACAGAGACUGAUGCAGAUUCUGUUGUCACCAAUAUGGUGCGCAUUAACUCAGCACCAGGAGAAAAUGUCAUAACAAGAAAUCAUAUGUUGUAUCAUGAAGCAAACGUGAUUGAACAUAUGAAGAAUGUGCUAAAGGUCAAAUACGAAACUUCCGGUGAUGAUUUUGAUGAUGAUUACUCAUCUGACCUAGAAGUCUCCGAUGACUAUGAAGUGCCCAGCAAGAUGAUGGACCACUAUGAGUGUAUCGAAAAGCCUAAAGUCCCAACAGCUAAGAAGCCACACUACACACUGUUAAACCCAAUCAACCGUGAGACAGAUGUUGUGUAUGCGGAAGCAGAUGCGCUGUAUGAAAAACCAGACAAACCGGAAAAACCUGUACCACCAUCGAAACCCUCAAAACUGGAAACCACGUCACACGUACAGCUCCUCGAAGAAGAAAUAUCAGAAUGGAAAAGAAAAGUGACCUCCAUGAAAGAAGAGAAUGAAAAGCUUGUGAAUCAGAUCAGUGAAACCGGGGGCAGAAUUGAUCUUAUAAGAGUGCAAAUACAUACUUUGGAUUCUUGUCAUCAACAAACGGUCAAUGAAACAAACCCAGAAGUUUUCAGCGAACUGCUGAAGUCACUAAGCAACAUUCAAGUAAUCCAGUUAUUGGAAAAGUUGAGGCUAGGCCAGUACGUCGACAAGUUUCUUGAAGCAGCCGUCGAGGGAUACGAAUUGGAAGCAUGUGAUCGAACGUAUCUCGAAGAUGUGGGCAUGAAACCGUCCCACGCUGUGAAGUUACUGACAAUAUUGAAGGGAAGAUUGCCACCAGGAUGGCAGUGGGAGAAUUUGCUCCAGUGAAACUACAUCAAAUUAUUAAGAUAGUGUAAGAACUAUAGUGGCUAGGGCUGAACCUUUUGAAAUAGUGCUUUGUACCGCAAGCCAUUGUAGCAAAUUUAUACAAAACAGCAUAGUGGGAACGCCCACACAAAUUCCAUGUUUGUGUUGAUCAAACGCACAACUGUCUAUCACACUUGUACAAGCCCACGAAAGGUAGAUCAUACAAAAAAAGUUGA